CAUGAAUCGAAGUCAUCAUGCUGCGUUGUCACGCUGCCCUCAUUUCCUCCCUCCCUACCACAUACACACUUCACCUAGCAUACACGCCGUCGCAAUAGCUCUGCCGCCUGCUUGACGGAGCCGAUGGCACCUCCUCACCCUCCGACCCAGUAUACCUCUCAUCCUCAGCCCCCGAUCUCUAACACCAACAGCAACAGCAAAAGCAACACCAACAUGGACCUCCGCCGUGGCGCGAGUAUCAACUCGUGGGAUCAGGGUACGCUGCACGGCAACAACAUUCCCCUUGACACGCCACCAGUCGAGACUGCCCCACGUCGAGAUUGGGACAAGACGCACGCUACCUCUGCAGCAGCGGCCUACAACGACCCUUACACGAAGGAGCCCUACUCCCACGAGGCGGACCAUCUCUACACCUCAGGGCCAUUCGGUCCACGUCACUCGCCCCAUCAGGGAUCUGGAAGCUACGAAUCGCAACAGCAACCACCGCAGGCAAGAGGGCGACCGAUGGCGCCCUACGGCGGGCCAGGCGCCUUUCGUCCCGAGUCUCGAUCCGGCUCCCCCUCGCCAGCUGGAGCUGAGCGUCGAGGCCGAAGUCGCAGUCGCGAUGCCUACCCACCAGCUCCCUCGCGCAACCAGCAUCAUCGUCAAGCUACAGCAGCCCAACCGCCACGCUCUCGCCGCAACUCCCACGACUGGGGCAAGCUCAUGAAAGAGGCUGGCUACAUUUACGAUCCAAGCAAGGACGGAGGCUCUGGUCAGGCGUCGGGUGUGGGCUCAGAACGACAAGUCAAGGGUCCUCUCUCCUGGCUACGCUCAGUGAUGCAUGGCUCUCGUAUUCUAUCAUGGUUCAUCUUCAUCGUUCCCGUACUCGCCGUGCUUUGGGUCCCGGGUAUCAUUGCCUUGGUCUCGUACAACGCAAGGCCCGCGAACAACUUUGCCAACCCAAAGGUCUUCGACACAGGCAUCUUCUGGUGGAGUGUGUUCCUCAGUGGAGCAUGGAUGUCUUGGUGGAUCUGUCGUGCCUUCUCCGGACUGGGGCCGCGCCUGCUUCAAAAGAUGCUAGGCUCCGUAGCCGUAGCCACCGAAUUAGGAGUUCGCAAGCUCCUCGACUAUUUCAUUGCUUGCGAAGUCUACGUUGCGCUCUUCCUUUCGACGGUCGCUGUUUGGGUACUCUGGCUCACCAUCAUCUGGGACCACUACCAGUCGCCCACCAAGUACACGGUCGGGUCUACGGAGGUCAAUCCACUGGCAUCCAACGGCACUACGACGGCGACGGGUAGUACGAACACUUCGGCGUCCAAUUCCAACGGCACCGCAUCGACGUCGGAACUCUUCGUGACAAUCUCGCGCUUUUGGUUCGGUCUCGUCCUCUGCACAGCACUGCUUUUGGUUGAGAAGAUGGCCAUUCAAAGCGUCGCAUAUUCUUUCCACCAAGCGACGUAUUCCGAUCGCCUCGCCGCCUCGAAGUUCCAAGUGGCUGUACUGUCCACUCUCUUUCAGAACUCGUCAGCAUCGCUUUCACGAAGGGACACGGUGCUCGAGGCAGAAGGCGGCAAGAAGUCCAAGACGCCCCGCCUGUCCCUCAUUCCCUUCGCGUCGGCCUCUCGAUUGAAGGGCACCGCAGGCGUGGGGAGGCGGUUCAGAAAUGCUACACAGAACACUGGCACUGUAUUGGGCAAUGUGGCCAUGGAGCUCAAGGAGCAGAAGUCAGUCCUCUCCCUUAACAAUCCGCGCUACAUCGUCCUUUCCGCCCUCGAGUCGGCAAAAGAGACGCGUAAGCUGGCACGCCGUAUCUUCUACUCCUUCUCUGAGCGCGAUCAGGAAGAUCCGAAGGGCGCCCUCGUCAUCACACUCAACGCUCUCCGUCACAUCUUCCCAGACGGCAGCACAGCGCAGGCAGCGUUCAGCAUUUUUGACAAGGAUUCGAAUGGCAGCUUGACGCGUGAGGAGCUCGAGGCCAGCUGUCUCGAGAUCAUGAGAGACAGAAUGGGCCUGGUCAAUUCGAUGCACGACGUAGACUCUGCGGUCAGCAGUCUGGAUAACUUGUUCAUGAGCGUCUACAUCCUCAUAGCAGCGGUAAUCAUCGCGGCCAUGCUGAGCACCAAGUUCUCGACGCUCGUCACCUCCCUUGGCUCCGUGGUACUCGGUCUCUCCUGGCUCUUCUCCGCCUCCGCAGCAGAGUCCUUCUCUGCCGUCAUCUUUUUAAUUGGCAAGCAUCCAUACGACACUGGAGAUCGAGUAGAUAUCCCCGGCAUGGGCGAGGCGGGCGCUGAUGGUCACUUCGAGGUCGUGGAGCUCGGCUUGCUAUCUACGGUCUUUCGCUCCUCGGAGGGCAAGUUCGUGCAGGUGUCCAACGCUCAACUCUCCCAAAAGCCUAUCACGAACCAUCGUCGCUCUGGCCCGAUCGAGGAGCCGUUCAAGCUCGACCUGGCGUACAGCACCACCUUCACCCAACUCGAGGCCUUGCGCACGCGGAUGGUUCACUGGCUAGAGACGGAAGGGCGGGACUUCCGUCCUGGGCUCAACAUCUCUAUCAGCUCACUGGGAGAUCAGAGCAAGCUACAAGUCUCGACCGGAAUCAGGUACAAGAGUAAUUGGCAAGAUGCCGGGCUGAAGGCUAGGAGGAGGAACAGGUGGGUCUGCGCCCUUCGAGGGUUCAUGGCUGAGCUUGACAUCUUUGGACCUAGUGGAGACCCGAAUGCCGCGCCUGAAGUGCAGAGGUGGGCUGCCGUUGAGCCGCCGCCUGCGCCGGAGAAGCCUAGCAAUAAGUCGUCGGGGACCUACGGGGAUGGGGUUGAGGGGAGCGGCCCACCAGAGUACAAGCUCAUGGACAGCAAGCAGACGGAUCAGCCUAUCGGUGGUGAGGUGAGCGGGAUGGUCACGCCUGGUGGAUUCGGGGCUAUGACUGGCGGGGCGAACACGCCGGCGAGGACAGAGAGCCCCACGGGUAUGCACGACGCUGCUGCGUUCCGUCGUCGAGGCGGGCCUUCGCCUAUCUUGCCUUCGCAUUACCAGCAGCAGCAACAGCAGCAGGGUGGAUACGGUAUGGGCGGCAAGUGAGUGCCCUGGGUCGUUGUGAAUGUUCAUUCAGCAUCAUCAGCAUACUCUGCUUCUUUCAACUCGAAUGGACAGCAAUCCAAUUCGUCUAUGUCGUCCACACUUCUUCAUCGCUCCUCGCCCUCCCCUCAGAAGAUAGGGUAGCCCUUCUCCAAUUCCCUGUGACUCCACUCCCUCGCCCCAUCCCCAUUGAAAGCCCCUGCCGCCUGUACCCCGCCUUCUUUGCCCGCCUUUGCCAGGUACUUGUACGUCACCAGCCCCUCCAAGCCCACGGGGCCUCUCGCGUGUAUGCGACCAGUGGAGAUGCCCACCUCCGUGCCGAAGCCAUACCUGAAACCAUCGGCGAAGCGCGUCGAGCAGUUGACGAAG